CAUUCAUUGGCCAGAUCCAUCGCGCCCCGCCACAAGGCCCCGACUACUCCCGGAGGGAGGUCUCCUGGGCGCGCGCGCGCUCGCGGCCUCCUCGCUUCAGCUCUCCGGAUGGAGUCUUUCUUAGAGCUGCUCUCCACAGGGCCCCCACCUGCAGACUUCCGCCCGGCUGCCUGUCACCGCCCCGCCCUCGAGGGCAGGGAUGCUGGGAUCCGCCAAUCACGGGGCGCCUACGCUCAGGUCUAAGCUGACUCGUGCUCCUGCCGGCUGGAACAUGGAAGAGUUGGAGGAAGAUGUAAAGUUUAUAGUGGAUGAGACCUUGGACUUUGGAGGGCUGUCACCAUGCGACAGUCGUGAGGAGGAAGACAUAGCAGUGUUGGUGACUCCAGAGAAACCCCUCCGGAGAGGACUUUCCAAUCGAAGUGACCCAAAUGCAGUGGCCCCAGCCCCCCAGGGGGUGAGGCUCAGCUUAGGCCCCCUUAGUCCAGAGAAGCUGGAAGAGAUUCUCCACGAGGCCAACCGGCUGGCGGCCCAGCUGGAGCAGUGUGCCCUGCAGGAGCAGGAAAGCACAGGCGAGGGCCUGGGGCCUCGCAAGGUGAAGCCCAGCCCUCGGCGGGAGACCUUUGUGCUAAAGGACAGUCCCGUCCGAGACCUGCUGCCCACUGUGAGUUCUUUGACUCGGAGUACCCCCUCGCCAAGCAGCCUGACACCCCGACUCCGGAGCACCGAUAAGAAGGGGUCAGUCAGGGCUCUUCGGGCAACAUCUGGAAAGAGGCCCUCCAGUGUGAAGAGGGAGUCACCCACUUGCAAUCUGUUCCCUGCCUCCAAAAGCCCAGCAUCUUCUCCUCUUGCCCGAUCCACUCCUCCAAUCCGGGGCAAAGCUGGGCCCAGUGGGAGAACAGCAGCAAGCCCACCUACCCCUGUCAGACCAGUCUUGGCCCCACAGCUUUCUACCAGCAACUCUCAGCGCCUCUCUCGGCCACAGGGAGCAGCUGCUAAGCCUUCCAGUCGACUGCCUGUUCCCUCGGCCAUCCCCAGGCCUGCCAGCCGAAUGCCACUCACCAGCCGGAGUGUACCACCCAGCAAAGGUGCCCUACCUCCAACUUCUCUGCCAGCUCGGAAAGGACUUCCACGACCAAGCGCUGCAGGGCACAGAGUUCCCAUUUCCCAGCAACCAAAUCUUCCUAUCCCUGGUGCCACUCGCAGCAGUCUGCAGCCGCCCAAGAGAGUUGCAGUCCCAGGACCUACCAGGUAAAGAGAUCAGGACAGCAAACAAGAAUUCAGUAGCAAACCACUACAGUCACUGCCUGGACUCACCUCUCCUCAGCCUCCCAAGCCCUCUCAUGGAAGAUAGGCCCUGACUCUAGCAGAUUCUGGCCCAGGAGCAGGAGAAAGAGAUGCCACCAGGGCUGGUGCCCCAGGAAUAAAAAGCUGGGAGAUGGGGUGGAUUAGGGUUGAGCUGGAGGGGAAUCAAACCCUGUGAGUUGAAAGAGGAUUAGGGAAAAGAGGUCACCUUCUGACAGGGAAAUUAACAAGCAGAAAAUGAGAAAAACCAGAGAGUAGUUUGUCCUCAUCCACCCCCACUCUUGUGUUCAGUCCCAGAGAGUUUGAUCUUCUUCCCAGGCAUUGGUCCACUGGACAUUUACAUGUGAAUGCCUCUGUAGCUAACCUCCUUGCUCUCUGAGGAGCAGGCCUGAAGCACAUCCUCUGCUGGAUGCAGGCCUGUUUGGAGAGGCAGAGGCAGGCACCUGGUCUCCAGAACUUGUUUCCUGUGAAUUCUGUAACUCUUAAGAGGCCAGUUGAUGAUAAGCUUACGUUGGUCUGCAUUUUUCUAAAAUAAAAUGAAUGUAUUUUUCUAAUCUCUGUAUAUGUGAAAGUAAAUUCUCCAAUUUCAAACAAAUUUGUAGUAAACUCCUGUGUUAUUCCAAUGAGG